CCGCGUAUUUAGCCCACGACUCCUCUCUCUCUCUCUCUCCCUCUCUCCCUCCCCUCUCCUUCUCCCGAAUCCGAUUUUUAUAUUGUUAAAUUACCAGAAAAUUAGUAAAUUCCUUAUUAUCCGAUAUUUUUAUUUCGGAAAAUUGAGGAAAAAUGCCGUUUUGCGACGUGAGCAAAUCGAGAGGAGAAGGGAAUGGGAUCAGGAUUUUUUAUAGGAGAUACGGCCGUGGGAGCGCCAAAGUUCUCCUCAUUAUUGGAUUGGCUGCGACGCAUGAUUCAUGGGGACCGCAGAUAAAGGGGUUGACGGGGAUGCUGGAGCCCAACGACGAGGAGGCGCCGGAGGCCGUCGGUGGGGGAACGGACGGCCUGGAUGAGGAGGACGAGGGGAUCGAGGUGUGCUGCUUUGAUAAUCGUGGGACGGGACGGAGCUCUGUGCCCACGAAGAAAUCCGAAUACACAACAACUAUCAUGGCGAAAGAUGCCUUGGCUCUACUGGAUCAUUUAGGCUGGAGAAAAGCUCAUGUCUUUGGUCACUCAAUGGGAGCUAUGAUAGCUUGCAAGUUGGCAGCAAUAGCACCAGAGAGAUUAUGCUCUUUGGCUUUGCUGAAUGCUACCGGAGGUGGCUUUGAUUGCUUUCCAAAGAUUGAUCGCCAGAUGCUAUCCCUUGCAUUUCGUUUCUUAAGAGCAAAGACUCCAGAGCAAAGAGCUUUAGUUGACUUAGAAACACACUACACUAAGGAGUAUCUAGAUGAAUAUGUUGGAUCAUGUACACGAAGGAAAAUUCUUUAUCAAGAAUAUGUGAAGGCCAUAUCGUCAACUGGUAUGCAAUCAAACUGUGGUUUUGAAGGCCAAAUUAAUGCAUGCUGGACACACAAGAUGACACCAAAGGAACUUGACACAAUUCGUUCAUCUGGGUUUCUGGUCUCAGUGAUUCAUGGAAGGGAUGAUAUCAUUGCUCAAUUAAAUCAUGCAAAGCGACUUGCAGAGAAGCUGCAACCAGCUACAAGAAUGGUAGAACUUCAUGGUGGACAUUUGGUGAGCCAUGAAAGGCCAGAAGAGGUUAAUCUAGCUCUUAUAGAGCUGAUAAAGGCUUCAAAAUCUAAGCUCAGCCCAGAAGAUUGGUCCUACCUGCCAGAGAGAGCAUCUGGGCGGCUCGUUUUGGGGGUGCCAAUGUCGCUAAGCAUUAGGAAUAAUGGAGGAGCAAAUGGACUGGUAACCUUUUACAACUUAUUAGGGAAGGUACAACUUAGCUUCCUUUACUUCAUUGGGGUAUUUCUGAUGGGAUUUCAGCACAUGAGAAAUGUCCUCAGAAUUAUGAAGCCUGUCAGAGUUGCAGCCUCUGAUUCAUAAGGAAGCAUGUUCUCAAAAUGGGCCACUGUUGCCUAGACAACAUGCGGAGUAUGACAUCUUGUCAUAACAAAUAAACCUGGAUUUUUCAGAGCUUGGAGAUUCAACAGAUACCAAACUAACAUCACUGACACGAGAAGAUUGUGUUCUCAAUCUACAUCUAACCUUCACAAGAGAACUUCGCCAUUCAGAGAAUAACAAGCAACAGACUUGCAAAAUGCAUGCAGUUAAAAGCUUCUUUUUUUUUUUUUUGAUUGCUAUUGCACGUAUUCUGGAAUAAAUUCCAACUGCUGUCUAUUGUUUGUACCAUUUCAUUCUCUGUAUGUAUUCUUGUUCUUUUUUGGAACGCAAAAUUGCGAUGCAUUGAGGAUGAAAAUGAUUGAUUUGCAUUUGAAAUUUUAACUUCUUCCUCUCA